AUGACGAACGACACGCGUAAUAAAUCUGUGAACGCGAUAUUGAAUAGGGUACACGUGAGCAAGGCUUCAAGGCAGCUGCAAACAAGACUCAAGCUGGCGUCUUACAAAGCUCGUAAUGGACUGGUGAAUACGCCUGUGGAUUCUAUACUCAGCACCAGUCAAAUGCCACCGCCGAAUUCAUUGAGAUCGCCAAACGGUGUAAACGCUUCAAAUACCUUUAAAUCACCCAAGUCACCUAAGAGGAGUGUAAAUACGCGUAGAAUUAGCUGUAAUAACGCGUCACCCGGUCUACCCGUGUCAACGGCCACGUCCCACGACAGCGAAUCAAUGAACGCGGCAAGUGCUUUAACAAGUCUAUUCCAUUCACCGGGCUAUAACAGGGGACAGUCUCUCAGGCAUUUAUCUACGGCGAAUUCCACGCCCACGGCAACUGCGACGCCCACACACACUUCAACACCCACAAAUACUCAACAUCCAGACGAAGCAGAUGCUCAGCUGAUGCUCUUCCUAGCUACUUCCCCUUCGCCAGCUAAACCAGAUAAGCACAAGUCAAACGCGUACAACAAGCUCAACAACGUCGACUUGGCUCAAUGGAUCCAUAGCCCUCACACGAACACCAGGAAUUAG